AUGCAUCGAGUGCUUAAUGUUGCUGAAAAGAAUGAUGCUGCUAAAUCAUUAGCUCGUCUUCUUUCAAAAAACGGGGCAUCUAUGCGUGAAGGCUUUUCGAGAUAUAAUAAAAUUUAUGAAUUUAAUUAUCAACUUUUUAAUCAACCUGUUCAAAUGAUUUUUACAUCAGUUUCCGGUCAUAUUAUGAAUUGUGAUUUCACAGCAGCACAUAAUAGUUGGUAUGAAUCAGUGGCGUAGCCAGGAUUUUUAGACUAAUGGGCAAACUUCUUUUGCGUCAAAAAAUACAAUGGGCAAGAUUUUUGUUCAUAGGCUAAAACUUUUUGGUUCAGAAAAAUACCGAUAACAUAGAAAAAACACAAAAAAAUGAAAUUAG